AUGUUCUCAAAGAACAUCCUAAGAUUGUCCAGUGCUAGAGCAUUCCAAACAAGUAGUAAGAGGUCUUUGACGAUUCCAUUCUUGUCUACGCUACCUCAGGCUCCUGGUGGUGUUAAGGGAACCGUUAAUGACGCUUACAAACCUCCUGCCCCACACAAAACACAUGGGUCUUACCACUGGGACUUUGAAAGAGUCGUGGCAAUCGGAAUGAUGCCAUUGGUGGGAACCGCGUUAGCCAGUGGCAAUAUCUCAACGGUCGGAGACUCUAUAUUGGCGUCGCUACUAUUGGCACAUGUUUAUGUUGGUUUUCAAUCGUGUAUUAUCGACUAUAUUCCUAAGAGAGUGUACGGUAAGAAUCAUAACUAUGCGAUGUAUCUUUUGACGCUGGGUUCUCUUUUCUCUGCCGUGGGUAUUUACAAGUUGGAAGCAGAAGAAAUCGGCAUCAUUGGCGCCGUCAAACAACUCUGGAAUCAUAAGGAGGAGAAGAAGGCAUGA